UAUGGAAAUGGAGACCCUUAAAAGCAACUUUUUGUACUAAUAUUGGCAAAGCAAUAAUAGAAUUCUUUUUCAAGGUCGUAUCAUGAUUGGACCUAAAACAGACAUACUAGUAUAUCAAUAGAAAAAUAAGAUUAGGCUAAUUUAUUUGUUUGGGGAUUACUUUUAAUAUUUCCAAUUCCCUUCUAUUUAUCUACUUGGACUAAGACUUGGGAUAUAUCUCCAACUAUACCAUUCUUAACAAUAUUUCUGUAAUUUACAAGUAUUACAUUCCUUGUUCUCACAUCCAUAACCGAACCAGGCAUUAUUCCUAAGAAAUAAUUACAAUUAAGAGUUGGAACCAAUUACUUCUUAGAGGAAUUUUAAGAUUCCAGACAUUGUGAUACAUGUGACAUAUACAGACCUCUUAGAGCAUCACAUUGUAGGUAUAUUAUAUAUUAUAAUUUAGUGAUUGUAACAAUUGUGUGUUAGUUUUUGAUCAUCAUUGUCCUUUUGUCAAUAAUUGUAUAGGAAAAAGAAAUUAUAGGUACAUAUAGAAAAUAUGCAAAGAUAUUUCUUUAGCUUCCUAAUAUCAAUUUUUGCAUUUGCAUUAGCAGUAGUAAUCUCAUCAUUAUUAUGUCUUUCUACAGUAAAUGACUAUUAGGAUUAAAAGACAUUAGUUAUUUUAUUUUUAGUACCUGUCAUCAUAGCCUCCUUAGUAGUAUUUAUAUUUUUUUUAUUUCACGUAUUCUUAAGGAUAACGUAUUUCAUUAUUUAUAUGUUUUAGAGGUAAAACAACAAGAGAGAAAUUGAAAUAAAUAUCCAAAACUGGAGAUGAAGAUUUCGAUUGGUUAAACUUGAACGAUAGUUUGUUUUCAUUGAGACUUUUAAUUUGA